GAACACCGCGUUAGAUCCUAUUGGAGAAAGACCUUAACCAUGGCCUCGAACUUGCCUUGUAUUCACCAACUCUGACCAACUUGCUGUAAACCAACCAGCUAACCUCCUUUUUGCUUGAAAAUCAAGUGCGAAACAAGAUGAAGGCUAAAGGAGAAUUGAAGGAAUACGAGGUAGUUGGGCGGAAGUUGCCCACUGAGAAAGAGAAGACAACACCUCUCUACAAGAUGAGGAUUUUUGCACCAGAUGCAAUUGUAGCGAAGUCUCGUUUCUGGUAUUUCUUGAGGCAGCUGAAGAAGUUCAAGAAAUCUACUGGUGAAAUAGUCUCCUUGAAACAGAUUUCUGAGAAAACACCAACAACAAUAAAGAAUUUCGGGAUUUGGUUGCGAUAUGAUUCAAGGUCUGGAACUCAUAAUAUGUACCGAGAGUACAGAGACUUGAGCGUGAGCGGCGCGGUAACUCAAUGCUACCGAGACAUGGGUGCACGACAUCGAGCUCGUGCUCAUUCAAUCCAAAUUAUAAAGGUCGAGAUCAUCAAAGCUGCUCAAUGUCGUAGACCUCAAGUCAAACAAUUCCACGAUGCCAAAAUCAGGUUCCCAUUGCCCAAACGUAUUGCACACAGGAAUCAAAUGCCGACAUUCAGUGUACGAAAACCGCGUACCUACUUCUUGUAAAAACUUUUAUUUGAAUAUUUUUUCUUGAAAUAAACUUGAAAAUUUAUUUAA